GAAUUUAGGAAGCUAGAAGCUCUUGGACUCAUCUAUAUAAAGAAGAUGACCCAAACCUCUCAGUACCAUUCAGCAAUACCAAGUCCAUAUUCAGGCACUUACUCUUACUCUCAAAUAUUAUCUAAAGAUGGGAUUAACAGGUAAGUUGAUUGCAGCUAUAGAGUUUGAGGCUGGGGGCGAUGUGUUCCAUGAACUGUUCAGGCACAAACCACAUCAUGUUUCCACAACUAGCCCUGACAAAGUACAGGGUUGUGAUUUAAUUGAGGGUGAUUUUGGACAUGUUGGCUCAAUCAUUUGCUGGAGGUACACUCAUGAUGGGAAAGAGAAGACUGCUAAGCAAUUGAUCAAAACCAUCGAUGAGGAGAAAAAGUUGAUCGAGUUUCAGAUGUUAGAAGGAGAUCUGAUGGAGGAGUACAAAGACUUCAUCAUAACUAUCCACGUGGAGACUAAGGGCAAUAUUGAUUUGGUUACGUGGACUAUAGAGUAUGAGAUGCUCAAUGAAAACGUCGAACAUCCCAUUUCACUGCUCGCCUAUUUCAUCGCUCUUACCAAAGAUAUUGAGACUCAUCAUGUCGGGAGAUCUUAAAUCUGCUCAACCUAUCUAUCAAUCUUCAAUAAUAAAUAGUGCACGCAUUAUAGAGCAUGCCACCUCAGCAUCUAUGUAUGUGUUCCUUUUGUAUUUUCAUUUUGCAAUAAGUCAGCCUGCGUAAGGUUGGGGGAAAGUACUUUUAUGUAUUUUAUGGUGAAGUGUGUAAUGGUCUGUCUACAUUGUGACCUUAUGAAUUUCAUGAAAUUAUUGUUGUUGCGUGUAUUAGCUUGUAUGAUAAUAUAUAUUCAUUAAUACUUUGGGGUGCUCAUUAUUUUUGAGAAAAAAUU